AUGGAAAAUCCUCCGGGGGAUUCUUCUGAACACCCCAACUUUCAAAACAACCCGCAAGUUCUCGAAGAUCAAGCGAAGAGAAAUGAAAGGAAACAACGGACCUCGAUAAAUGGCCAACCUUUGUUAACUGAAGAAACGAUGGAGAUUUUAUUAAACGAUUUGGAGCAAAAGGAGAAAACCAUCUCUAGUCUUCAGGAACAAGUCAAACAACUAAAUAAACAGCUACAAAUAAAGACGGAUGCAAUAAAUUCCAUACGUUUGCACUGCGUAAACGUGAUAUCAAAGAAAGACGAGGAAUUGAAGCAAGCUCGGAUGCAAAUUGGAAAUGGUUUCCCUGGACGAAAAGAGUCUCAUGGAGGCAAAAACAAAACUCGAACUGGACAGACGCAUACAUCGCAGGUCAGCGAAAGACCAUCGAUCACUUAUCUUCUUCCGCCGAGCAAACCGAGUCACUCAAAGUCGAUUUCUUUCGCUUUCUUGAACGAACAGAUCGAGAAAGAAGAGCUACAGCAAUCUCUGCAUUCGCUUCGCGAGUCUUCUCUGCAUCACUCCACCGAAAUGCAGCAAAUGAAGACCACACUCCUCACAGUGCGGCAAGAGCUCGAUCGUGUUCGGCAGGAGCAUCAAUCGACCGAGAAAGAGUACUACCGCGUGGAAAUGGCGUUGCGAAAGAACACGGAAUUGGUGCUGGAGCAGCAGCAGAAACUUGCAGAAACGACGGAACGACGAAACAGUCUCGCGAUUCUAACCGACGAUCAGAAGCGAGAAAUCCGGUUGCUAGAGACGAAUGUGGAGGAGCUGAAGAACAAGCUGGAUCGGCUUCACAUCGAUUUCGAUUCGUUGCAGCUGCAGAAGCGCCAUUUGGAGCAUUUGGUGCAGAGUGACGCUGAGAAAUACGAGUUGCUUCUCUCGGAAUACAACGAAAUGAAGAAGAACUACAAGGAUUUGUUCAUUCGGUAUAUGGAUCUCAAGAGUGACAAUGAUCGUCUCCAACGGCAGAGCUGGCGCGAGCUUCGGUGCUGA